UCAUUGGGUUAUGUAAAUCGACCCCUAGCCUUGGGGUGUAUUCAUUACGCCGAUUGCAAAACGAUUUGCAACAGAAACCACAUAUCCAAUCAGAGGGCAGGGUGGGGUAUUCCCAUAAUACCUAUCCAAUCAUUUUUCAGAUACACUGAAAACGUGUAGCUCCGAGAACAUGGUUUAAAUGGCUACCUAGAAAUGUCUUGCUUUUUAGUGGUGGUAGUUGUCAUUGAGACAUUUGCCUCCCCAUCACAUUACCAGCUUGCAGGUGAUAGCCUAGCCAACGACAGGUGAUAAGCACAUGGAAAACAAAUUGUGUACUGUGCUUCCCAUCUUGACGUUAGUGAUGUACAAGUAAUAGCCAAAAUAAAUUAAACACUUGAGUUAAUGAGGGAUACAAAGUAUAUUGAAAGCAGGUGCUUCCACACAGGUGUGGUUUCCAUUAGUUAAUUAAACAAUUAACAUCCCAUGCUUAGGGUAAUGUAUAACAAACAAAAAAAUGUAGUUUCCCAUCAUUUACUUUAAGGGUGGUCUCAAAAUAAACAUACAUCAGGUUUAAAUGAUGUAUGUAUGUGUCAAGUCACCAGAUCUCAACCCAAUUAUGGGAGAUUCUGGAGCGGCGCUAAGACAGCGGUUUCCAGCGUCAACAAAACACCAAAUGAUGGAAUUUCUUAUGGAAGAAUGGUGCCGCAUCCCUCCAAUCGAGUUCCAGAUACUUGUAGAAUCUGCCAAGGCGCAUUGAAGCUGUUCUGGUGGCUUGUGGUGGCCCAACGCCCUAUUAAGAAAUGUUAUGUUGGUGUUUCCUUUAUUUUGGCAGUUAGCUGUAUGUGAGUGAGGUUUGAAUAUUCAGCACUCAUCCACCCUGCCACAAGGUGGAUCUAUCCUCAUUCCAGUCAAUAUUUUUAAUACCUAGUUGCUCAAAUUGAAUACUGCUGUGUGUUUUGACCCUGGGUAGUUGCUGAUUUGUACAUCUAAAAAAGACAAACACGCAGACUGCUCACUUUUCCUGCCCUAUGGUCAGGCUUGAGUCAAUCAUUACACAUAGGGUACACAUUCAACUUGAGUUGAGCUCUGUCCAGAUUUUGCCACACUGUUUUAGUGCUAAUCCCGACUCUGCAAUACACAGCUCGCACACGGAGCACAGAGGAAAUCCAGAGGUUCACCAUACCCGGUGUACAGGUGCUCCCUGCAAGGACAGCCUGAUGGCUUGUGUUGUGUCCCUGUAUCGGCCUUUAUCUUUACUGGCUCCUGUGGGGGUGAGGCGAGCCAUAGUUUGCAGAAUGUCACUGGACAUGCGAGCACGGGAGGUGUUUGCUACGGCUAUCGAAGCUGUGCAACCAGACAUUGUGAUGCGGCGGGGUCUGGAGCGUACAGGAGACACCCUCCUAGUGAAUGGACGCAGCUUCACGCUAAAGAACAACCUUCACCUGGUAGGCUUUGGCAAAGCUGUGCUGGGCAUGGCUGCCGAGGCAGAGAGGAUAGUGGGGGACCACUUGGUGAGAGGAGUGAUCAGUGUGCCACACGGCAUUCAGGAGACAAUACGGCAGCAUGGGAAAGACCAGAUGUUGUUGAAGGAUGGAAGUCGCAUCACAGUGAUGGAGGGAGCUAAACACAACCUGCCAGAUGCUGAUGCCCAGAGGGCAGCCGAAUGUAUCAAGGAGCUGGUCAGCACACUAACAGAGAAUGACAUGUUGCUUGUACUCAUCUCAGGAGGAGGGUCUGCACUCUUGCCUGCACCAGUCCCACCAAUCUCUCUUCAAGAGAAACAGGAUGUUACACGCAGACUGGCUGGUGCUGGUGCCACCAUUCAGGAGCUUAACUCUGUACGCCGUGCCCUGUCAAUUUUGAAAGGAGGAGGACUUGCACACUGCGCUCACCCUGCUCAGGUGGUGGCCCUGGUUCUGUCUGAUGUAAUUGGAGAUCCCCUGGACUUGAUAGCCAGUGGCCCCACAGUGUGGACUGAGGUGUGGCCUGAGGAGAUUUGGUCGAUCCUUGAACGUUACGGGCUGUCCUCCUCUCUCCCUGUCUCGGUGAAAGAGGUGCUUGGACGCUCAGCUCCCCGAUGGGAGGAGUCUGGAGAGCAGUCAGACAGGGCGGCACAUGUUCUCAAUGCUGUGAUUGGCUCCAAUAGCAUUGCUCUGGAAUGCGCAGGGAGACGUGCGCGGGAGCUCGGAUUCCGUCCAGUUGUGCUGUCGCCAGGGGUGUGCGGGAACGUACAGUCUGUCUCUCGCCUUUAUGGUCUACUGGCUCGCUUUGCCUGCUCCCGUGACGAGCCUCCUCCUGAGUUGCCUGCUGAGAUUCUGAAGCUGGGGCCCGAGACAGGCGUGGAAAGCUGGGACUUGUGCCGUGCUAUGCAGGUGCUUGGUGAGGGGCGUGGGGAGGGCUGGGGAGCCACCUGUCUGCUGGCUGGGGGAGAGCCCACUGUGCAGUUGACAGGCAAGGGGCGUGGUGGGCGGAACCAGGAGCUGGCCCUGAGAGUAGGGCUUGAGCUGGCAGGCAUGGAGCUCCCUCCGAAGGGUCCCCUGUUCCUGAGUGGUGGGACCGAUGGUCAGGACGGGCCAACUGAGGCAGCAGGGGCAGUCACAGACGCGGGGCUUGGCAAAGAAGCACGAGCACAGGGGCUCGACCCUGAUGGCUUCCUCGUCAACAAUGAUUCCUUCACCUUCUUUUCACGCCUGUCUGGUGGGCAGCGGCUGCUCCUACCAGGGUUAACAGGUACCAAUGUGAUGGAUGUGCACAUGCUGCUCAUCCCACCAAUCCCCAUAGUUGUGUCUGGUCGUUGAUGAAGACAAGGGCAUGGAAGCUGUCAAUUACACAUUUCAGUAUGAAUCCAUACAGAGCAGACUGAGUAUAUUCAGAGAGCAGCUUUUCAAAGCUGACCAUGACCAUGAUAUUCUUUCCAGCAAGCCCUUUUGGAGAUCCAUGUUUAAUUUAAAAAGCAGCAGUCAGUUAUGUCUAUGAUAAGAAUAAAUACAGUAAAUAGUG